UCAAGGGGGCCCAGCCAGUCUCGCUAGGUGUCGCCACAACUCGUCACACAUUAGACGUAUGCACGUUUAACACUGACACACUAACCUUCGCAUCCCGGCGAUACCGACUCAUGUCCCCCGCCCGACGCCAAUGCGCCGCCCCCCUUGCGGCAGCGCUGCUGCUGCUGCUGGCGGCCGGCUGCGCCCUGGCCUCCGCCAGCCGCACCGACGACGGAUUCAGUGGCAACUAUAAUAAGAAGGGCGGCAAGAACCCGGGCAGCAGGCGCGCGUCCCCGCCACCAGCCCGACGCCGCUACCCGCCGCCAGUGGGCAGUGGUGGCUUGACGACGUCACGACCGUCGCCUGCUGCCGCACCCGGCGGCGGCGACACGCGCGAGCGUAUUGACCUGGUUGUGUUUGGCGACUCCCUCUCCGACACGGGCAACACCUUCCGCGCGGCGGGUGUGCCUCAGGCCGACCUCUACUACCAGGGCAGGUACUCCAACGGCCCCGUCUGGAUCGACUACCUGGCUGCCGAAGUCGCCAACAACAACAGCGCCACCACCGUACUCAAUGUGAUCAACCUGGCCUAUGGCGGCGCCACGGCCUGCCCCGCCUACAGCGUUGCAGCCCAAUACCCCUUUGUGCUCGACCUGCCACAGCAGACAGCCGCCUUCCUCGCGCAGCCGCCCUCGGCGUCGGCGGCGACGGCGGCGCUACGGCACGCGCAGGGGCAGGCGCAGGCGCAGGCCGCCGCGCAGGCAGCGGCGCUGGCACUGGCGGCACUGCAGGCGGUGGUGCAGGCGGCCCUUGGUGUCGGCAGUGGCGCAGGUGGGGGCAGCAGCAGCCCCAACGGCGGUGGUGGCGGGCGGCGGCUGCUGCCGAUCAACUUCAUUGGGAUCAACGACGUGCGGUUCUUUGCCAAUGAGGCCGUAAGGACCGGCGCCUUCGCCAACGCGUCCGUCAUCGCCUCCGCCGUCGCCGCCAUCACCUCCUGCCGCCUGACCUGGGCGCAGCAGCUGCUGGCGGCGGGCGAGGCGGUGUGGGGGCAGCAGCGGGGGCCGCAGCGGGUGCUGGUGCUGCUGCCAGUGGCGCGACUGGACCUCUCGCCAAGUGUGCCUGAGCCGUUCAAGUCGGCGGUGGCCGCGUUCACCGCGGCGCUCAACAGCGCCCUGACCCUGGCGGCCGCCGCCCUGGAGGUGCAGCUGCAGCAGCCGGCGGCGGCCACGGGCGGCGCCGACAGCGUGGGCGCGCGGCUGCUGGUGCUGCCGGACGCGUCGGAGGAGCUGCUGGCCAGCGUGAACCCGCCCUUCAACAACACCUAUGCGCAGAGCCGGUGACGAGGAUUUGCCGGGGAUGCCGCAUUUUCAGUCACGCAGAGUUGUCAGGGGUGCAAAGCCCGCUGCAACUCCUUCCACAGUCCAUGGUCCAGCUAACCCGCGCACAGUGAAGAAAAGCUGAGACGAUAGAGGUCAGGAAUGAACAGAAGUCAGGGAUGGACCCCGUGCACGGGCGGAACCGUGGAGCUGCGGAGGGGUUGAAGAAAACAGGCAGGGACGAGGCGCGCGGGAGAGGGGGUAUACAGCAGCCUUGACAGCAGCUUCGUAUUGGAGUGCACUGAACCACUCGCACU